AUAUAUGUCAAAAAGCGGACUGCAUUUCAUGAAACUUUGCCAACUUCUGAAUACGUAAGCUCGGAAACCCCCGGAUCUUCUGAAUGUUGAAAAACAUGUUUUGUUUUCGUACUAUUUCUCGUAGUGUCAACUACUACGUUUUCUUUUGAAUAUUAAUAUAAACAUAUACUACGGCCACGACAUCGCCUUAUUAUUAUCUUGAAUAUUAGUAUUUUUAAUCAGCGAUCGAUUUUGGUGUUGAUUUUAUUUGUCUCAUUUUCCUCGAAAUGACAUUUUCUCCAGAGUUGGGUCAAUUAAAACUUGUUGUCUUCGAUUUAGAUUAUACCUUAUGGCCAUACCAUGUUGAUUCAACUGUCAGUUUACCAUUUCAUGUGAAAAGCUCACAAGUGUUGGACCAGACUGGUAAAGAAAUAAAGCCAUUUCCCGAAGUUCCCAUCGUGCUGGACUAUUUGGCAGAGCGUGGGGUGACCAUUGCUGCAGCGUCGAGGACCACGAAACCCCCCGGCGCUCACCAGCUCCUCGACCUCUUCGAUUGGAACAGAUACUUUGCCCUCAAGGAGAUCUAUCCGGGAUGCAAGACCACACAUUUUAAAAGGUUCAAGGACCAAACAAUGGUGCCAUACUCAUCCAUGCUGUUCUUUGACGAUGAGGAUCGAAAUAUACAUGAUGUAAGUAAUUUAGGCGUGAAAUGUGUACUUGUCCAGCAUGGAAUGAACAUGAAAUUGCUGCAUGAAGCACUCAACCUCUUCAAAAAUUAGUGGUCGUACUAUUCUAUAUACAAUUGUAUAAUAUUCAUAUUCGUAUUCUAAAUUACUCAAAUAUGCAGAAUAAUAAAAAGUUGCUAGCAAAUAAA